GUAUUAUAUGAUACUGGGAUCAGUGUUACAGGUAUUGUACGAUACAGGGAUCAGUGUUACAGGUAUUGUACAAUACUGGGAUCAGUGUUAUAGGUAUUGUACGAUACUGGGAUCAGUGUUAUAGGUAUUAUAUGAUACUGGGAUCAGUGUUACAGGUAUUGUACGAUACUGGGAUCAGUGUUACAGGUAUUGUACAAUACUGGGAUCAGUGUUAUAGGUAUUGUACGAUACUGGGAUCAGUGUUACAGGUACAUGUAUUGUACAAUACUGGGAUCAGUUUUACAAGUAUUGUACGAUACUGGGAUCAGUGUUACAGGUAUUGUAUGAUACUGAGAUCAGUGUUACAGGUAUUGUACAAUACUGGGAUCAGUGUUACAGGUAAUGUACAAUACUGGGAUCAGUGUUACAUGUAUUGUAUGAUACUGGGAUCAGUGUUACAGGUAUUGUAUGAUACUGAGAUAAGUGUUACAGGUAUUGUACAAUACUGGGAUCAGUGUUACAUGUAUUGUAUGAUACUGGGAUCAAUGUUACAGGUAUUGUACAAUACUGGGAUCAGUGUUACAUGUAUUGUAUGAUACUGGGAUCAGUGGUACAGGUAUUGUAUGAUAUUAAGAUCAGUGUUACAGGUAAUGUACAAUACUGGGAUCAGUGUUACAGGUAUUGUACAAUACUGGGAUCAGUGUUACAGGUAUUGUACGAUACUGGGAUCAGUGUUACAGGUAUUGUACGAUACAGGGAUCAGUGUUACAGGUAUUGUACAAUACUGGGAUCAGUGUUAUAGGUAUUGUACGAUACUGGGAUCAGUGUUAUAGGUAUUGUAUGAUACUGGGAUCAGUGUUACAGGUAUUGUACGAUACUGGGAUCAGUGUUACAGGUAUUGUACAAUACUGGGAUCAGUGUUAUAGGUAUUGUACGAUACUGGGAUCAGUGUUACAGGUACAUGUAUUGUACAAUACUGGGAUCAGUUUUACAGGUAUUGUACGAUACUGGGAUCAGUGUUACAGGUAUUGUACAAUACUGGGAUCAGUGUUACAGGUAUUGUAUGAUACUGGGAUCAGUGUUACAGGUAAUGUACAAUACCUGUAAAACUGAUACCAGAAUCAUAUUAUACCUGUAACACUGAUCCCAGUAUUGUACAAUAGCAAUAAACAAUAUGUUAUCAAUAAUCUACUUCUGAAGAUUAAAAAAAUCAUUGACUGUCUAACGUCGUAUUUUAUUGACCAACACUAAAAUAUCAAUUAUGAGUCAAAUAAACAAAUUGUUUUUAAAAAGUAUGAUAUUAGCGUAUCAAAUCCUAAAUGUAAAGCCGAGCGACCACAAUCAAGUGGAAUAGUGAUGAUUUGAUAGAUAAACAUAUAAAUACCAUCUAUAAGGUUUCCCUCUGUAAUGAACAGCAAUUUGAAUUUUUGAAUUCGUGAUGUUUUAUUCAGUAUUUUGGAUGUUGUCGAUUUCACUUGGCUUUGUAUAUUUCAGUUAUGUUCGGAUCACGUGGAUCUGAAGACGGUAUAAGCGGAAGUGAAGAUAUUCAUCGGGAAUGUCUUCAGGAAAACCUCCAACUUAUGUCGGACAACAUGGUGUUAAAACGCGUCGUGUUAUUAGACGAACUGGUGGAAAAUGGCUGUCUAACCGAAAACGAGACUGCUGACAUUCUUGAAUUCGAGAAGAGAAAGGACCAAACUAGAAAACUUGCGGUAACCAUCAGCAAACGAAGCCGAGAAAAGUUUAGCUUGUUUUUGGAGGUAUUGAAAAGAUCAGAAAAUUACCCGUACAUUGCAGACCAGAUGGAGGAAUCUUACAAUAUCAAAGUGGAGGAAAGCAGAAGAAAACGGGAAUGCAUUCAAUGCUACAUGGUCCGCAACGUUGACUUGCGAGACAUCUUAGAUUUAUUAUGUUCCCAAUUUGUUGUUGAUCUCGAGUUUGUCAACGAUGUGAUAUCAUGUGAAAACAGAAAUACUGCAAGAAUGGAGAGCCUUUGGAAGCAUUUAUUUGACAUACUAAAUACCUCUGCAGAUGCAGGCAGAUAUAGAAAAGUAUUCAAGGAAUCCCUCGGAAGGAAAUACGAUCACAUCGCUGUCAAAUUGUCGGCGAAGAAUAAGAUAAGAUGUAGGUGUAAAGCUACUGAAGCAAAGAAAAUUGUACGAAUUGAAAAUAUGUCUUGGCCGAGUGGUAGUGUUACAACGGACGAGAGAAGCACCACUUCGACAGCUAUCAGACAAAAGCUUCAUCCGGGUACCCUAUCUGCGUUUAGUGCCAUUUCUGAAAGCGUCUCAGAUGUUAGCAACGACGGUUUGUCAUGCAAUAUACCACGCACUAUCGAGUGGCUGGAGAGCGUACAAACGGAACAGGAAGAGUUUCCUAUAUGUGAAUGCAAAUCCGAUAUUAGCAAUUCCAUGGACCAUGACCAUUCGGACAUACCUUUGAUUGCCCUUCCAAAAGAAAGGAGCCGUUCACUUGCGGCGAUUGGUGACGGCCUUCUCAUGGAAGCAGGGAUAGAGGCAAGCAUAGAAGAACAACACAAGAGAAGCCUGUAUGUCGAUAGUGGUAACGCUUUAGAUACCACAGCUCAGGUGCAUAUGGAAACUGUACAAACAGGAGCAAGUAAGAAAGAAAGAAAAUCAGCAAAGAAGAAAAAGAAAAAACGGAAGAGAACCCAAUCUGAACCGGUCGCAAAAUUACAGGAAGAGGAAAACGAAGUCGACUCAAAGAUGAUGUCUAGGUCAUUGUCUCAGGGUUCUGUGCAAACUAAACGCACGAUUGGGGAUCGUCUUUUCAUCAACAUUCCAACCAUUGACAAUACGGAGGACUGUGCUAUAAAGCCUUGUUGUGAAACCUCUACAGAGAACAGGUCUCAAAUGGACCCCAAAGUAUUAACACCACCACGACAAGUAUCUUCUUUAACGAAGGUCGGAUGCUGCAAUAAACGUGGAAAUAACAAAAAGAAGAAAAUGAAACAUAGUUGACAAUUUAGCUGAUUGAUUGAUUUUAUAUUGCUUAACGUCCCUCUCGAUAAUACAAUUUAGCUGAAGACAAAACUAAUUGAUCAUGAAACUAGGAGAGACCCAGUUGACAACAAAAAUAACGGAUUCGGAACAUCCGUUGCAAUAUAAAGUUCCGUUACAUACGUCUUUUUUUAGGUGACCUGUUGCAAUUGUCUGCGUCCGUCGUCGUGCGUAACUUUCUUUUUGAUAACUAUCAUUCAAAUUCUUUUCAAAUUUGAUAUGAAGCAUCUUUGGGACAAGGAGGCAUCAAUUGUAAAUACCAGGACGCCUGCACCCCUGGGGCCUUAAAGGGGCAUGGACCCGAUUUGAGCUGAACAUUUUCAAAUUAUAUUUUUCCAUUUUUAAUGUUUAGAAUAUUUAACUAAAUUAUUUAUAAUGGUCAGCAAAAAUUUGAAUGUCAGUUGUCAAGGUACAUGGGAGAUGCAGAGCUCACAAAUCUUUGUUAUGUAAACAAGGAUCGUGCCAUGCCUUUGAUUAAAUAGGGUAAAUAUACUCGUAAAAGUUCGUUUAAAACAGAUUUUGUCAAUUUACAAGUUAAUUCUGAGCACAAUUAAAUAUUUUCUAGUGUUUGGCACAUCUCAUUUUGUUUAAAACAUGCUGUUUUCUAUUAAGUAAUCUAUAUGUAAACAAAACAUGGCACGAGCCUUGUUUACAUGACAAAGAAUUGUGAGUGUUGUAUCUCACAUGUAACUGAACAACUGAUAUUCAAAUUUUGGUUGACCAUUCGAAAUACUUUAGCUAAGCAUAGUAAACAAUAAAGAUGGAAAAAUAAAAUUUUGAAAAUUAGAGUUAAAAUCGUGUCUAUGCCCCUUUGAGGGCAAGGAAAAACUGCCAAAAAUUAAACAUUUUUUCAAAUAUCUUCUCUACAACCACACGUGUAAGAAAAGCUAAAAGCAUAGUGAUGUAGAUCACAAAAGCCUAUACCGAAAUUGUAAACUUCAUGAUCCCAGGAAUAUAGUUUCUGACUCCAGGACGAGGCCAAACUAAGUGUGUGGUGUUUAUGUGUAAAAUAUUUUUAAAAAAUCUUUAAUGUUAUUGAUAUUAGAUUGAAACUAAAUGGGUAUUUAGAAUGAGCAGGUAGCUCUUUACCAAAAUUGCAAAUUUCAUGAUCCUAAGGGGAAAGGGUUUCUGUCGGUUCCAGGGUGGAGGCAAAAUUAUUAGAGUGAUUAUUGCCUUUGCCAUUGGUAAGACAUCUUUUAAAUUUGCUGAUACAGUAUAAAAACUAAAUGUAUGUUUAGGAAAAGCACAAAAGGAUGUACCCAAAUUGUAAAUUUCGCAUCCCUUGGACGGGUCCAAAUUAGUCAUAUUGUGUUAAUGUUGCAUGUAUUGUAUCACGUAAGGCCUUUCAUCAGUAUAGGCACUUUCGAGGGCAUUUAAGACCAAAUUUUGUUUUAUACUGCUGCUGAAUAUUAAAAUUUAGCUUAGCUAUUCAGAACAGGAUUUUUUUUUCUUCUAGCGCUUGGGACCAGUAAUACUUUUAACUAAUACCCAGAUGAUCUAUAAGGCCCGUGGGUCUAUUGUUAAAGUAGAAUCAUAUUCCUUGCAACUUCGUUAUAGGAGGAUCCGGUGAAUAGUUUCGAUUUUGUGUUAACUUUUGACGAUUCUUCGACGAGUACACAUUCUGCGCAGUGAUGUUUGUACCGCAGUCUUGUGUAUCUGUGUUAUUUUUAUCCCAAUCUGAUUAAAAUAAGAUCUUUGAUCCGCUCCGUUAUUGUUAUACAUGUAUCGUGUAGCGACAUAACAAUAACGGAGCGGAUCAAAGAUCUUAUUUUAAUCAGAUUGAUUUUCAUCCAUACUGUGUAUUUUUUAUGUGCUGUGUAGUAGAUGUAAAGGAAAGUCAAACGAAACCUUAGAUAAUCUAAGACUUUUUAGUAGUAAGAUCACAAUGACAGAUCUCAGAUGAACUUAUUAAAGCACUCCAUAGACAAAAUCAAAA